CUAGCAGAAACAAUUAGAGGGUUUCAAUUGAUCUUUUCCGGAGAAUUAGAUGGUCUUCCUGAACAGGCCUUUUAUUUGGUAGGUAACAUCGAUGAAGUUACCGCGAAAGCUAUGAACUUAGAAAUGGAGAGCAAAUUAAAGAAAUGACCUUAAAUCUUUGUGUACUGACUCCUAAUCGAAGUGUUUGGAAUUCAAAAGUAAAAGAAAUCAUUUUAUCUACUAAUAGUGGCCAAAUUGGCGUAUUACCAAAUCAUGCCCCGAUUGCCACAGCGGUAGAUAUAGGGAUUUUAAGAAUACGCCUUAACGACCAAUGGUUAACAAUGGCUCUGAUGGGCGGUUUUGCUAGAAUAGGCAAUAAUGAGAUCACUAUUUUAGUAAAUGAGGCUGAGAAGGGUAGUGACAUUGAUCCACAAGAAGCUCAGCAAACUCUUGAAAUAGCAGAAGCUAACUUGAAGAAAGCGGAAGGAAAGAGACAAGUAAUUGAAGCAAAUCUAGCUCUUAGACGAGCUAGGACACGGGUAGAGGCUAGCAAUACGAUUUCGUCGUAACUAAUCGGUGCGUUCGAAUAAUCAAAAGAAGUUCUGUUUAUACACCCUUUAUCUAUAUCUUCUAUAUAUAUAUAGAAGAUAUCAUACAUAUCUUAUUUUGAUUUUAUUGAUUCAAUCAAAUUCAAAUAAGAUAAUCAAUUUAAUAGUCUUAAUAAUCCGAGGGUGAGUAGAAAAACUUAUUAGAUACCAAAGUCGAGGGUAUCUAAUAAGUUUUACCUACUAUUGGAUUUGAACCAAUGACUCCCGCCGUAUGAAAGCAAUACUCUAACCGCUGAGUUAAGUAGGCCUUUAUAUCAUUCCAAAGAGGACUAAAUAUAACCAUCACAUAGAUUGAUUAUAAAUCCAAUAUUGUUUAGAAGCAAUAUCAAUCAAACAGAUCAAAGAGCUAUGAUGUUGGAUCGUGGAAUAUUUAUCUUGACAAGAAAUUAUCUACAUGCUAAAAUAUGGAGCAUAAACACAAGGGCUAUAGCUCAGUUAGGUAGAGCACCUCGUUUACACGCGCGCCAAUGGUUUUCAGGGGAGUCCAUAAUGCAAUCAAAAGAAUUCAUCUUUUUGAUAAAUCUAUGUCUUACUCUAUGACUUUGAGGAAACAAGAGAACAAUAGCCUGACAAUUAGUUCUAGUUCGGUCCUACUUAAGUGUCCAUUUAGUUACCAAAUAGAACCCAUUAUUGAUUUGAGAUAUUGAUAGGGUGAAUACCCAGCCUAUUCAAUGCUAGGCAUAAUGAGUAUAAGGGCCUCAAAAAAUCUCUUUUCGUCCUAUGAACUUUAAGGUGUAUGAAGUUUCAUAUUGGAUUCUUUAAGCAGAACGAUAGAGACUCCAUUUAAUUUUAAAAUUGAUCUAGGCCAAAGGCAGACCUACGUCAAGAUAACUCUUCUUUGAAACACUUUGGUAGUGCUUUUGAAUCAAAAUUCCAAUAAAUAAUGAAUCGGAGCACAUGGAACCCUUUUCUUUCUAUCAAGAAAAAAUAUGGUGGACUAGCUGAUAUUUAUAUCAGUUAAUGAAAGAGCCCAAUGCAAAAAAAAUGCAUGUUGGGUCUUUGAAACAGUUCAAAUCAUUUUGAGAAUAAUAAGUUUGAUCUGUUUUAC